AUGAGCACAACGCACUUAAAUCUGCCGACCAAAUCUUGUCACAAUUGCCGAAAGCGACGUUGGAGAUGCGACCGGUCUUUACCAAGCUGCCAGAAAUGUCUAUCCGCAGGAACCGAAUGCCUGGGUUAUGGGAAGUUGUUUGUAUGGAACCGCGGUGUCGCCAGUCGCGGCAAGAUGAUGGGGAAGGGCUACGAGGAAAAGAUGGAGCAGCACCACAUCGCGCACGCAGAGCCGCCUGAAGCACCAGCCAAGGCUCAGGGCAUGUCGGCCUUGGUAUGGGACAACCAGGGCCCUUCUCAGCAACAGGACGAGCAGCAACAGAUGUCAUCACUGCCCGAGCCUAGCUAUGAGCUAGUUUCCGGACAUUCGGUAAUAGACGAUUACCGAAUGUCCAUACAAGGACGGCAGAUGGAUUCAGACCAGGAACGGGAGAUGAUUUCGGAUGUUCAUCGAGCAUUGACAGACCCUUUGCUGAACGACCUUGACCGGAACUCAAGAUACUAUCUCUAUCAUUUCGCAACUCAGCUGUGCGAGGUCAUGGUCGUCUACGAUGGGCCUGGCCAGAACCCUAUUCGUGAUCUCAUACCGGCAACAUCUGCCUAUCCGUUGCUCUUGCAGAUCAUUGUCGCCAAUUCCGCGGUCCAUGUCUUCAACAUCAGCAACAACCCCGUGGGCCAGUCCUCCUACCAGGAGCAGCAGAGUCCAACCGUCAUGGCCUAUUACCAAGCUGUAAGCCGCUUUGGGGGGCCGCUCAAAUCCUCUUACCGAGAUGCUCUUGUAGCAAAACAGCAUGCGCUUUCGUUGCUCGCAAAGAGCAUUACGUCCGUGAACACUGCUAAUAUUGAUUUCAUACUAAUAACGAUCUUAUUGUUCGUCAACUACGCCCUUGUAGAAUCUGGUCGAGACAAGUGGAAAGUUCACAUGGACGGUGCUCUCAGGCUUAUCCAGCUACUCGGCAAGCCGCCGUACAUUCAACGCCCGAUGAGCAGACUUCGCCAAACGAUACUUUCAGACCUCUUGGUAUUUCACAUUCUUGGUUCGACUUUCAGUUUCACAACGCUCCCUACAUUAAUUCCAAACACGAUUGAACUCGACCCUAUCCUCCGUUACGCCGAGACGAACAACUACCUCUCUUGCCCCGGGCCGCUGCUUCGUAUCAUGUUGGAGUCUUUUGCGCUACCAGACUCUCACGGUUCCCCUUCCGGAACCAAUACCCCCAUUUACAUUGAGGAGCAAGUGGGCGUCUUGCUACGGCGUGCGCUUGAAUUCGACCCAAUUGUAUGGUCAUCUGAUUUCGUACCCGCAUCACCCUUCGAAGACAUUCAACAACGCAUCCGUAUCGCCUCUGCGCACCGUUCGGCCGUUUGUAUCUAUCUCGCACGUGUUUUACCCUCUACGAACCCUCUUCUCGAUCCAACAAGUGGCGCCGCUAUUGUCAGUCUUACAGCCUUGGCCGACGACGUGGUUCAUCACAUUUCGCAUCUGAAGCCGGGAGAUCCGCUCUUCAAGUCAAUCUGUUGGCCAUUGUUCUUGGCCGGCGCAGAGUCAGAAGACCCUGCCCAACGCGAGUGGAUCAUGAACACCCUUGACGAGCUCUAUGGUCUUAUGUUCUGGGGCUACCUGCGCACAUCCAAGCGCGUGCUAGAAGCGAUAUGGAAGUUCAAAGAUGAAGCCGGGCCAGGUUCAGGGAACUGCUGGGUGGAACAGCUCAAAGACUUUGGUCACGAUAUUUUGAUUGCCUGA